AUGAGGGCUUCCCUUGCUGCUUUGCGCUGGGUCCGGGAUGCCAUAUCGACGCCCAAAGAUGCAGCAGGUUGUGUCAAACAGGACCACCCUCAGACUUCGCGGCCGCGGUCCAGGUCACCGAAAGCUGCGGAGUCUAAGGCAUGGUGCGUUGCCUGCCAGCGCCUAGACUUUGGUCGCUUCUGCCCGCAGUGCGGGGAGAAGCUGGUGGCCCCCCCCCGCGAGGAGCGCGUCGUUACGCCGUCCGGAGAGUGGUUGCUGGAAGUCUCCGAAGAUCCUGGGGCCGACGCGGGGAGGCUCAAGCCUCUCGAAAAGAAGCUGGCGCCGGCGGUGGAGUUGGAGUUCAGCGAGAUGUCAGCUCCGCAGCAGAUCUCAGCCGAGGUGGACUUGACAGCGCCUGCCACGUCCAUUGCCAUAGACGAGAGAUCAGCUCAGAAGCCUUUUCAGGCUCCGACCCAGCUGGAGGAGCCGGAGGCAACCCAAAUCGAGGAAGACGAGACAGCUGUCGAGGAGCAGGAAGACUGCUCCAGCCCUGAGAAUGAGGAAGAAAGCGACUUUGCGAAAGAUGAUACAGACUCCCACAAGGUGGUGCCUGCGACGGCCGUCGAGUUAGAGAACUCCACAGCCGAUGAGGCCGAAGAGGUCGAUGAGGAGGACGGGCAGAAUGCUGAGGAAGACGAGGAAGAUGAGGAUGAGGAGGAGCAGGAGGAGCAGGAAGAGCAGGAGGAGCAGCAGGAGCAAGAGGAGCAGGAGCCGGAGGGGGACCAGGCAGAGGAGCAGUGUGCUUUGGAAGAGGCAGAGGAGGAGAAGGAGGAGGUCGAGAGGAAAGCGGAUGUGGUCGAGGAAGUUGGAGAGGCGGAUGCUGAAGAUCUCGUGGACCAGAGCACAAUAGACAGGGAGGCUAAUGAGCAAGAAGCUCCUGUGGAACACAUCGCAACCGAAGAUGUCUUUCCAGAAUCCGCGGAGAGAGGACAAGAGGUCGAGGUCCAGUUGCCGAAGGAUAAACAGGAAAGCGACAUUCGUGACGAUGGUUUACUUCGAGAGACGCAUCCCAAGACGACCAGAAAGACAAAGCGGUAUCUAUGCAAGGCCAAGGGACGAGCAGAAAAGGAGGCAGAGGCCAGGCAGCUGGAGGAGGCCAAGAAGGAAGCCGAGAAGGCUCGCGCGGAGGCCGAGCGGAAGGAGGCAGAGGAAAAGAAGAAACAAAAGCAGGAGGCCAAGCGACAGGAGGCGGCCAAAAAGAAGGAGGCUGAGAAGGCCCUAGCGGCCCUAGCUGAAGAAGCUGCCAAGUGCAAGGCAGAAAAAGACAAGCAAACGGAGGAGAUUCGCCGGAUGCCCGAGCCGGUGACACCCAGAAGAGUGAAGAAGUCCGCUGAAGGCAAUGAGGAUUGCGCCACUCGGAGUGUGCCGCGAUCCGCCAGGAAAGGUAGGUUUCUGGCUUUCGUGGCAAAGAAGCGCCAAACCAGCUUUGGUCGCAAGGUCUCUGAUCAGGUUCAACCCUCGUCUCGUGUUGAAAGCACUCCUCAACGGGCACGAGGCACCUUGUCGCAGCUGAUCAUGAACCGCCGGCCCCCCACACCACUGAAGCGGCACGUCAAGAAGCCCACGCCGGUCUCGGGUGCAGACCUGCCACCAAGACGGGUCAAGGGAAAGCAGCGCCCUGGGCAGCGAGCGCUGCAAGGCAAGAACGUGGCAAAACCUGCAGUCGAGAAGCCAAAGGCCAAGGCCAAAGCUGCGGAGGUGCCGGUUGCGACAGAUGUGGUGGUGGGGGAGUGUGCACAGGAUGCCUACCAGAUCUUCAGUCACUUCGAGGGCACAGCUGGCGCGGACCCCUCGGCCUGCUUGGCACGCCUUCGCGCGCUGCGCGAGCUGCAGGGCCACGCUCAGAUGGCAAAGGCCCUGGAGAACUGUGCCGAGGCUAUGCUCUGCGCUGGUGACUGCCGUUCAAGCUUCUUGCUGGUCGAUGGCUGCCUCGAUUUGCUCGCCACGGUGGCUCUGGAGGCGGAAGCCGAAGAGAAGACCCCGGGCCGACUCUUAUCUUGGCUGGUGCAGCGGCUCGGGAGCGAGGCCCAGGCGCUCCGGGAUCGAGCGGCCCGCUGCCGGGCAGCCUGCCUCCUCUGGCGCUUGCUUCCUCCCCUGGGCGACCCCAGCGCGCAGGUCCUUGGCAGGCACCUCACCGAAGCUGCCGGCCUCGCACUGCUUGACCUCGCCAAGGACCGUUCUCCACCUGUGCGCCUGGCAGCGGCCCGUGGCCUCAGCCGCGUCGAAGGUGAGGACUUCCAUGCUGCGCUGCUUCACCUUGCCAGCCGCGAUAUCACCCCUGCCGUCCGUGCAACGGCAGUUCUCAGCCUUGGCGACAGGGGUUCAGCCGAGGAGGCGGCCGGGCGAUGCCUGGACGCCGCCCCUCGCGUCCGCUGCCGACUCUUUGAGGCCUUGGAGAAGCAGGAGCCGGGGAAGCUGCCUGCCGAGAUCGUGCGAAUCGGUUUCCGUGAUGCCAACGCCGAGGUUCGAGAUGCCUGCCAUAGCUACCUGAUGAGUUGGCUGGCCAAGCAGCGCGAAGCCAAAGGUGCUGAAGCCGUGCUCCAGGACAUGAUUCGGCAGCUCGACGAGACGACUGCCGAGAUGGCUCUGAAAGUCGUCUUCGCGCGCUCGGACUGGGUCGCCUGCCUUGAUUCCGUGGCCACCAGGGCACCCGGCACUGAUGCCUCUGCUGCGCUGAUGUGGCGCGUGGCAGCGCAGCUAUCCGAUGCUCCAGUACCGGAUGCCGAACCGCUGCCUUACCAGGCAAUGUCAGCAGUGGUUGAUGAGCAGUGGUCGUUGCUGCGCCAACUGCUUUGGCGACUACUCCAGGAGGAGGGUGGAAGUACAACGGAUCUCAUGGAGGUGGCCGACACAGUGCUGCGCGAGGCGCCUGCUGCAGAGGAGGUGGGAGAUUCGGCCACGGGGACCUCAUUGUACCACCUGGCCGCGGCGGUUUUACGGAGAGCCGACCCCGAGGGCGUCAACUCUGCUGUGCUCUCGCUGCUGGAACAUCUGCAGAACGAUGACGAGACACAGCAGUUUGACGGUUUCCUGAAGAAGAAGAAAGCCGCAGAAUCUGCCCGACUGGCAGAUAGCGUGUCUCAAAGGACUCUGCGAGGCCUCUGCGUCAUCGAUGCAGCGCUGUCCCAAUCCUCGGUGCAGGCCGGCUCAGAAGACGUGGCUCCUCUACUAGGUGGACAUGAGCUCCUUCAUACUUGGCUGCGUCCGGCGCUGACUCGAGCUGACGCUGCCGAGCCAAUUCUUGGAGCAAGCUGGUCCCGGCACCGCAUACUGGCCAUCAGGUGCAUGGCUUUGCUCACCUCCGUGGAGCCGGAAGUUGCCUCCACUCACUGGCCCUUCUUCCUGUCCCUGCUCCGACGGUUUGGGAGUCGGACGGGGCGUGAGGCCGAGAUCAUCUCGCAGACCUGCGCCAUGUUCCUGUCCGACGUCUUACUGCUGCACAGUGGAGCCAGUGAGUGGUUUCCAGACCCAGCGGCCAAGUCCGCAGCUUUGCUCGCGGCUCUGCGGAAGGCUCAGGCCGUGUCGCCACCCUUGCGGAGGAAGCUGUCCGAGAAGAUUGCCAUGAUGAUGCUGUAUGGUGCCGAUCGAGAGAUCACCAUGGAGUCCACUUGGGCACUGACCUCCAUGAUGCUCGAGGUCUUUCAUCACCCCGCUGGCAAACCCAGCGCGGAAGUCGCAGAUGCUGCCAAACUGGACUUAGAGGAGGCGGAGGAGGCUGCUCAUCGGGGGCGACUGCUAUGCUUUUUCGGUUGCUUGGGCCGCGCCUCUGCCUCCCAUGCCGCGCGGCUUGGUGCAGCAGCGGAGUUGCUGCUCUCCACUGACCUCUGGCACCUUGCAGUUCCGAGACCGCUGACAGCUACACGAGGCGCUCAGACUUGGCGCUACUUGCAGCUUCCGCGUCUUCUCCGCCUUGUCUGUCAGCAGCUUGCAGCCUCCUGUGCUGGCCAUGCGGGACGGCCAGCUGCCCGGCACAGUGCUGCCAUCUGGCUCGAGCGGGUCUGGCGUCCGCUGGCCUUGCUUUGUCUUGACGUUCGCGAGGAAGCUCUACUGGCCGAGUUGCUCAGGGCAGCAAUUGUGCCCGUGCAGGCCGUCGACCGCUCUUUCUCUGCACCUUUCACAGCUGCCGGUGACUUCUGGCCCUUUAUAGCGCGGGAGGUCUCAGAAGCUUGCCAGGAGAUCUCUGCGGCGUGGUCGAAAGGGUCCUCGAAAGCUUCCGGCGAGGACCUGCAGCCCAUCCUCCGAAAGUUGACGGAGUGCUUGAGCACUGUGAAGACUGACCAGGUCUCCUCAUCUUUGCCACGUUGGGAGGAGGUGCGGGAAGCUACUCGAGAGCGGCGGCUUCAGCUGCGGCAGGACAUGGACAGCUUGGAGAUCGACAUCAGUGAUCUGAUUGCACAUGCUCUUCAUGCAGAGGGAGGCCUUUGCGUGGGGCGGAAGCGCCGCUGUGGGCAUGCAUCUGACGACGACAGCGGAGAAGUUCCUGCACCAAAGCGAUUGGCUCGGACACUGUUCCUUGGCCGUCCUGGCGGCAGCUGA